AUGGAACCGUCGCUUCAACUGAACUCACAACACAUUCACAUUGACACCUGUAAUCUGCAAAAUUAUUCAAAUGGCAACUUUAUAGACGAUUCAAGGCAGAAAUAUAAUUUCAAUCAUAGAGAUUUACUUGCUGACAAAAUCAAGAUUGCCCGAGAUGGUAAGAAGCAUGGUAGACAAAGAAACAUCCCUAAUCGAGCAUCAAACUGGUCGUCCAAAUCAAAAUGUGCUUCUCUAAAAGAACAAACGGACUUGAAUGUUCAGAGCCACUCGCAGAAGUUACCAAGAAACCAAGGAUAUACUCGAGGAAUUUUCCCUGUGUCAACAGAUUGCUAUGCCACACAACUCCCAUCAAUCAACAGUUUCUUUAAAGGAAAGUCAAAACGGACAUCUAAAAAAAUGAAGGCACAUUUGAGGCAGAUUGAUGAAAAACUACCAUCAAAUUUUUCUACAACAUGUGCUGCUACUCAAAAGUCAAGACUUCAGUUUCAUAUUAAAAAAGCAUCAAAAGAUCAACUGGACCACUUUAUAGUUAAACAGAAACUCAAACCUGAGUCAGAUAAUCUUAAUGAAGCACCUCGAAUGUUUGAACUGGAUAUGGUUGACACCGUUCCAAUUGAAUUUCCUGAUAUAUUUCCACCAACAAAAGAAUUUCUCGACAAUUCGAUGAGAGAUAUUUUGGGAAACUUGAGACUUCUGAACGGAGAUGAUCCAAAUGAAGAAAGUCCACUGGACAAUACUGAACCACUGAAAUUAGAGUUGAUGGCCCAAGUGAUUGAGUCACCUAGAAGUCAAAAACAUGCUACAAAAGAUAUAUCAGCGCUGCAGCUUCUCAUUUAA